GGGCUGGGAGGGAGCCGUGCCGGGCACUUCGCAGCCCUGCAGCCAUGGGGAGCAGCGCUUUCACCCUGGUCCUUGCCCUGGCCCUGGUGGCGUGGGUCACCCCUGUGGAGAAGAAGUGCCAGCUCAGCGGGCUGUGGAGGAAUGAGCAGGACUCUCUGAUGGAGAUUUCAGCGGUGAGGGACGACGGGGACUUCCAGGGGAAAUACCUCACGCGGGUCACCCUUGCUGGUGGCUGCGCCCGCACCUCCCCCCUGAAGGGAGCCCAGCAGCAGCCCAGUGAGGGGGGCUGGCCCACCUUCGCCUUCACCGUGCGCUGGGACAAAUUCUCCAAUGCUACCACUGCCUUUGCGGGGCAAUGUUUCGUGGAUGAGGCCGGGAAGGAGACACUGACCACCAUGUGGCUGCUGCGUGAAGCCGUUGGGUCCCUCGAGGAGGACUGGAAAGCCACGAGGGUGGGCAGAAAUGUCUUCACACGCAAACGCGCCCCAAAAGGAAAGAUCCUGUUGAGCUUGUCCCCGUCCUGUGAGGAUGCAUCUUCGCCUGCCCCAUGAUGGCAUGCUCCGGCUGCAGGCCGGCCCCCCCAAGGCAAGCAAAACCAGCCUCUCACAUAAAAAUAAAAUUUAAAAAUCAUGUCA